GGCAUCAGAGAAGGGCUACUGUGGAUGUUGGUGCAAAUAGGAAUGGUUCCAGAAGAAUUGAAGAUCGUGGCGAUGUCAAUGAAGCAGAGGCUCAUUUGGGGAUGAAUGGGGUGCCGAAUGGCUUCUCCGGGGAGCAUGUCAUCGCCGGAUGGCCUUCGUGGCUCACUUCGGUGGCAGGGGAGGCUGUGAAAGGGUGGUUGCCGCGCAGAGCGGAUUCGUUCGAGAAAUUGGACAAGAUUGGACAAGGAACAUACAGUAAUGUGUACAAAGCCCGGGACCUCGAAACGGGAAAGAUCGUCGCGCUGAAGAGAGUACGAUUCAUAAAUAUGGAUCCCGAAAGCGUCCGCUUCAUGGCUAGGGAGAUCCACAUUCUGCGCAGGCUCGAUCAUCCGAAUGUGAUAAAGCUCGAGGGCAUCAUCACGUCGCGCAUGUCAUCGAGCUUGUAUCUCGUUUUCGAGUACAUGGAGCACGAUCUCGCUGGACUCGCUGCAACUCCAGGUCUCAAGUUCACCGAACCACAGGUGAAGUGCUACAUGCAACAGCUACUUCGCGGCCUCGAACACUGCCACAGCCGUGGAGUUUUGCAUCGCGACAUCAAGGGCUCGAAUCUUCUGAUCGACAACAACGGAAAUCUUAGAAUAGGAGACUUUGGUUUAGCGACAGUUUUCAAUCCCAAUCAGGAACAGCCAUUGACGAGUCGUGUCGUUACUUUGUGGUAUCGACCUCCCGAGCUUCUGCUCGGAGCUACGGAAUAUGGUGUUGCGGUCGAUUUGUGGAGUACCGGUUGCAUACUCGCAGAAUUGCUCGCUGGAAAGCCGAUCAUGCCGGGUAGAACCGAGGUGGAGCAACUGCACAAGAUCUUCAAGCUCUGCGGGUCGCCGUCGGACGAGUACUGGAAGAAAUCGAAGUUGCCACACGCCACCAUCUUCAAGCCUCAGCACCAGUACAGGCGGUGCGUCGCCGAGACGUUCAAGGAUUUCCCGCCUUCAGCUUUAACUCUCCUCGAUACCUUGCUCGCGAUAGAAUCAGAUGCUCGGGGCACAGCGGCAUCCGCUCUUCAGAGCGAGUUUUUCAGCACAAAGCCGCUGCCUUGCGAUCCUUCGAGUUUGCCCAAGUAUCCGCCGAGCAAGGAGUAUGACGCUAAACUCCGGGAUGAGGAAGCUCGGAGGCAAAGAGCUGCGGCGCUCAACGGCCGUGGAUCUGAAUCUGUACGGCCUGGGAGAAAUGAAUCCAAAGGAGGGGCAGCAGAAAAUGCCAACUUAGAAAUGCAGAAACGGCAAGCACAAGCAAAUCCAAAAAGCACCAGCGAGAAGUAUAAUCCCCAAGAAGAUGGUGGGGCGGGAUUCCCUAUCGAACCUUCAGGACUACAAACAGGAAUGCACGCACCUGGGAUUGGAUCCACAUGGUAUGAUAACAAGGGGAAUCACGGCGAUCAUCGGACGGUUCCUGGACGCACAUACAGUUCAGUACGGGUAUCGAACGGCCCUCAGUUACAAUCGCAGCGAUCGUACGUGCAUCAACCAGGGGGUACCGACUUCAUAAUGCCGGCUAGAACGACUGCAAAUUCAAGAUACAAUCGGCUCGACGUCGCCGAGCCCUGUGAGAAGCAGGUGCUCGACAGGCCAGCCUCUUCUCACAAGAAAGAUUUAGGAAUCAAGGAUACAUCACUGAGUUACGGAGCUAAGAACAAAAGGAUCCACUAUUCGGGACCGUUAAUGCCUCCAGGUGGAAAUGUAGAAGACAUGCUCAAAGAGCAUGAGAGACAGAUACAACAAGCAGUACGCAAAGCGCGCCUCGACAAGGAAAAGACAAACAAGAAUUUCUACUAA